AAAAUCCAGGUGCCCUGGUGAGGCUGAACCUUCCUUAUCUACCUCCGAAGUGAAAGGUGACCGGCGGAUUUGUCAGGUUCUCUCCUUCCUUCCUUCCUUUAAGCGGUCGCCCUUUCCUCUUUUCACCUUUCAGCUGAAUGGCCCUUCAAGCCAACGGUUGAGCUUUCCACAUCCAUUUGUCUCUCAAAACGCGUGCCCGACUUUCGAGUCGGCACUGGCGACUGCACUCAUCCCCCACACUCUUUGCAUACUAGUACAUCCACACAUCCCGAUCACGGUUAAUCCAGACGUCCAGAUCACGGUUACGUGCAUCCCCACCUCCCGCGCGGCAUCGCUGAGUAGAAUCUGCUCAACCAAACAACCUUCAACGUGAAGACGACGAGGAAGGAGCCAAAAUGUCCGGCUUUGGAACCAACGGCCAAAAUGGCAGUGCAUUUGGCACAAAUACUGGCCCUUCGCUAUUCGGCUCAGGCGGACCGACCCCAAACAGUAACGCGAGCCAGUCACAACAGAGCACAACGCCAGAGACCUCUGUGGUGGCAGGUUUUGCAGCUGCCCGGAGACAGCAACCCGCUCAAGCCUCCGCCCAAUCUCUCUUUGGUGCGCCUGCGCCUGGAGGUCUUCCAGCUACAUCGUCUACUGGAAGCACUCCAUCCCUUUUCGGCGCUUCUGGGCCUCUUCCGACUACUGCGUCUACGAGUGGUGGUUUGUUCGGGCCCACGCCCGUUUUGCCAGCGACAGGAACGACUUCCACUUCAAUUACAAGUGGAAGGGGCAGCGUGUUUGGGGCUGGAGCCUCUGCGAAAACAAAUCUCCCUACUGGUGGUGGCUUAUUUGGAGGUAGGCCCGUCUCAACGACGACCACACCGGCUGCCACAGGCAGCGGUUUGUUUGGUUCCGCGCCUGUUCAAGGAGGCCUCGGGGCUGCCACUGCUACAACCAGCUCUUCUGCUGCAGGUAGUAGUCUGUUCGGCUCUGCACCAGCUGCUGCAGCUCCCACUUCCACAGGCAGUGGCUUGUUCGGAUCUACGCCAGUCACAGGAGCUCCGACUUCCACAAGCAGUGGCUUGUUCGGAUCUACGGCCGCUUCAACAACGGCAACUUCAACCACGGCUGCUGGUCUUUUUGGCACUACACCCACAACAGGAACCGGCGCUUCAACCACAGGUUCUAGUAGCAGCUCUGCUCUGAAUCAAUCGGAAACAAUCACAACUGAGCCAACCCCCACGGGGAGCUCAUCUGGCGAUACGCCCCCCACAAUGGCUACUGCUUCCGAUGCGUCGGAUGCAACAGGCACGAACGAAACGGAAGGCUCGGUUUCGCCAAAACGCAGCGUGAUUAACAUUGACACCGACGGUGAUCUCUUGUUGGACGUAGCGGGAGACGAAGACUCCGGAUCGUCCCAGCCACAGCGGUUACGUGUCUGUUCCUCGACGCUUCGCCGCCACUCGCCAGUCUGGAAGCAGAUGCUUUUUGGUCCUUGGAAGGAAUCAAAGCCAGCCAAUGCCGAAUCCGAGGAGUGGAUCGUAGAGCUUCCGGAUGAUCCUGUCAACCCGAUGCAGAUUGUCCUGAAUAUCAUCCAUGGACGGUUCAACCAGGUCCCUCACUCUCUUAGUCUCGAUGAGCUCCACAAACUUCUAAUUCUCACCAACAAGUACGACAUGACCGAUAUUUUGAGGCCGUGGUGUGCACAGUGGACAGCUGUAGCCCACGGGGACCUAUCUUCGGCGGACACACUGAAGUCCUUGUUUAUUGCGUGGGAACUGGGAGAUGAACAUCUCUUCGCUCUGAGGAUUGAGGAGAUCUCCAUAAAUACCACCGUAAAUACCAGCUUCAAGUGGAAGUCUCUAUUCAGUCAGGUAGAGACCCGGUUCAGCAAAAAGUCCGUUCUGGCUGGAACUCCGGACGCUGGAAAUCCAGAGUGGAUUGACCUUGAGGGUCAGGAUUACCUCGGCCCACACGAUAUCCUUGAUAUCGUUCGUGCAAUCCGGUGCGAAGCGCUUUCGAUGAUUAUCACGCCCCUUGAUAAGGACAUGUCAACACGGCGCAUUCCAGGUUUUUCAACGGCCUGUUCUGGUUCUCAAAAAUUCAAUUCGGCUUUGGGGUCAGCGGCUCUUUGCGAUGCGGCCACCUUAGGCGGUCUUACGAUUCACAUAGACCACAGGUUCACCAACUUGACUACGCUCCCCUACAUUAAGGAAAGCGUUGUACAGGUGGCAUCGGGCGUGUUCCCUAAGAUAGGGCGGAUUGAGGUUUUGCCGCAACAUCCGCAGUGCUCCUUGCACACAAAGUAUGCGACCCUCGGCAAGAAGAUCCACGAGGAUCUUCCUGGUCUUGUGGCGAGGUACAUCAAGCCGGGACACAAAAAGUACAUGGAAAACCAGAGGAACAAGACAGGCAUUGAGUUGUCCCGGGCAGGACAGAAGCAAAGACAGGCUAUUACCCGCCGGUAUUGGUGAGAGUCGGCAACCUUUCUGCUUUAUACUCUCUCUUCUUAGGCGUUGGGGGGAACCGGGUUUUCACUCUGGAUGACAGUUUAGCCUGAUAGUGUCGGUCAGAGAUAUUCUUGUUUCGAGAUAUGGACGUCCAGGAUCCUGUUAGAAGUCCGUGCCCUGGGCACUCCCUUCCAGGUAUUUAGGCUGCCCUGGUUCCGUUUCUCCUCUUCCGUAAAACAACAACAAUCAAGCCCU